UAAAUUAAUAUUUAAUAUUGAGACGAGAUUUGAUAAUUGAGUGUAUAAUUCUUUUUAAUUAUUCUUGUUUAUAUAAUGAUUUUUUUUAAAUAGGUAUCCAAUAGGUUAGUGUAGUUUACUAUGAUAUUUUAGUAUUUCUCUUUUUUUACCUAUACAUCAAAUAUAGUUAAGAAUUUAUCGAAAAACAUAUUAACAAUUCAUACAAUCUUAAUGAAGCAGAAACAAUCAUGUUAACGCCGGAGGAGAGGAUCAAACAACUUUCUUUGUUUAGUUCAAAAAUCGAUUUAAAUCCUAAUAUUGCUGCUAGAAAGUAUUAUCGAUCAGGACAAGAAAUGAUACGAAUGGCUGAUGUAUAUUUAAAGGAAAACAACUUCGAACAGGCAUAUAUUCUGUACAUGAAAUUUAUGAUAUUAUUCUUAGAAGCAAUAACUGAACAUCCGGAUUACAAGAAUGUGACAGUUGAAGAACGUAAUUUAAAUAAUCAAAUACUUCGAGGUGUCCUUCCAAAAGCUGAAAAUUUGAAAAAUUUAUUGAAAGCACAAUAUACUAAGGAGUAUGAACUGUAUAAGGAGCAAAAAGCAGUUCAAGACCUGAGAGAUAGAGAAGCUUUAGCUCAAGGAAAAAAUGACACUGGUACCAUGCCAUCAAUUAAUACUGAUAAAGUCACAGAGGAAUAUUUAAGUACUAUUGUAGAUAAUGCUCAUCCAGAAUUCAGCAAUAGUUUUUCAAAAAAUGGAUCAUCAAGUUAUAAUCAUACAACACAAAAUGACUUUGAAAUCAACAGUCCAACUAAAGUUAUCCCGCCAAGUACAACAAGCUCUUCGUAUUCCCAAAAUAAAUGUUCCGAUGAUAAACCUGUUGUUGACAGAAGUACAAAGCCAUUGUCAAAAAGUCCAUAUGAUCUGCGUAAAAUAAUAGUGCCAGCAGAUUUAACGCAAAGAUUCUUAGAUCAAGCAAAAAGCAAUACUAUGAAAACAAUAGAGACAUGUGGAAUAUUAGCAGGGAAAUUGAGUUCAAAUAGUCUAAUAAUAACACAUUUGAUGAUUCCAAAACAAACGGGUACCUCGGAUUCGUGCACAACUAUGAAUGAAGAAGAUAUUUUUGAGUUUCAAGAUAAAAAAGAUUUAAUCACCUUAGGAUGGAUUCAUACUCAUCCAACACAGACAUCAUUUAUGUCUAGUGUUGACCUGCAUACUCACUAUUCUUAUCAAUUGAUGAUGCCAGAAGCUAUAGCUAUUGUUUGUGCACCCAAAUACAAUAGUAAUAACAUUUUCUACUUGACUCCUGAUCAUGGCCUUCAAAUCAUUGCCAACUGUAAAUUUGUACGUGGUUUUCAUACUCAUAAUACAGAUGGUAAUAUAUAUACGGUUGCUGAACACUGUAUACUGGACAACAGUUUACUAGUUAAUUUAGUAGACUUUAGAUAAUGAUUAAAUUAUAGAAAACACUAAACACUAUAACCGUUGUGUAAUAUUGCAUAAAUAAAUUUAGUAAAAUGUAAAUAAUA